AUCAUACUGUCAGAUAUUUAACCAGGAUGGAUUUAUCGGAAGUAUUCACUGUCAUGGCCACUUUACCACCAAACUCUUCUUUGGAGAAUAUCAACCAGACCUCCUCUUCCUCGCCGAGAUCUCCUCCUUUACCUCCUCACUCGCAGGUGGCGUCCGUGUUCAUCGUGCUGGUGGUCACGGUCAUCAUACUGGGGACUGUAGUGGGUAACGUUCUGGUCGUGGUUGCGGUUUUUACCAGCCGAGCCCUGAGGCCGCCUCAAAACCUCUUCCUGGUGUCUCUGGCUUCAGCGGACAUACUGGUGGCGACGCUAGUCAUCCCCUUCUCCUUGGCUAAUGAGGUCAUGGGCUACUGGUACUUUGGUUCCACCUGGUGCUCCUUCUACCUGGCUCUGGACGUCCUCUUUUGCACUUCCUCUAUUGUCCACCUCUGCGCCAUCAGCCUCGACCGCUACUGGUCCGUCACUAAAGCCGUUAGUUACAACCGCAAACGGACGCCCAAACGAAUUAAGGCGAUGAUCAGCGUCGUGUGGCUCAUAUCUAUCGUCAUCUCCUCCCCGCCGCUUCUCAUGACGCAGAAGGAGGGUGAUUUGGUGAUGGAGGAGGAAGAGGGUGACACACAGAUGCAGGAGUGUCUUCUCAACAACCAGACGUGGUACAUCCUCUUCUCCUGCCUCGUGUCCUUCUUCGCUCCGGGUGUCAUCAUGAUACUUGUGUAUUGCAAGAUCUACCGCGUUGCCAAGCAGCGAGCCUCCACCGUGUUUGUGGCGAAGAACAAGGUGGAGCGGCAGCCAUCGCAGUCAGAGACCUGCUUUGUGGGCAGCCCCAGGAGCUGCCAAAGAGCCGGCUGCAGUGAAUCCCUGUAUGAGCUGGAUAGCCCGCGGCCCGCCAACCGUCACAGCUCUUCCAACAUUGACAGCAACAGCAGCAGCAACAAGAGAGGAGAGCUGGACGAUAUUCACGUGGAGGAGAGGAGCAUCGAGACCGAAAUAAAAACAUCUUCCUUGUUUUCUUCGGCUCUUCGCUUCCCCAUGAGAGCCGGCGGAAGUACAAAAACAGAGGAGCGGAAGGACGCGGAGGGGUCAUCAAACAGGUUGAAGCCUCCUCCUCCUCCUCCAUCCUGCGCCUCCAUAUCAUGGGCAUCAUCGGAGAACUGCUCUCACCACCUCCUCCUCCCGUCUCCAGUGCCUCGCCGCAGCAGGCAGAUGUCUCUGUCCAAAAACAAAGUGGCACAAAUGAGGGAGAAGCGCUUCACGUUUGUUCUGGCCGUGGUAAUGGGGGCAUUUGUCGUCUGCUGGUUCCCAUUCUUCUUCACUUACAGUCUCCACGCUGUCUGCAGAGAGAGCUGCACGAUCCCCGAUACACUCUUCAAACUGUUUUUCUGGAUCGGAUACUGCAACAGCUGCCUGAACCCCAUCAUAUACACCAUCUUUAACCGAGACUUCAGGAGGGCCUUCAAGAAGAUUUUAUUCCAGACUCAUAAACGAACAUAA